AUUCCGGAGAUAUUUCUAGUCCUCCAUCUUCCGGGAACGCAAAAACCCAUCUCAAAACCCGGCAAAAAUGAUGCAGAGCACCACCAUAUUCUUCCCCACUUGUUCACCAUCACAAUCUCUCCGCCGAACCACUAUCUCUCCCUGUCUCCUCUCUCUCCCAUCAUUUUCCUCUCACCACACACAAUCCCAGUGGCAUCCAAAUCAACCAGCCCACAAGAAGAAGAGCCAAUUUCAGCGACUCUGUGGCACUUAUGAGGUCGGUGGAGGCUUCCCAGACGACGGAUUGGGCGUCGUCCACAGAACUACCCAAGAGAAAUUGGACCCGGCCCAGAUUGAAGCCCUUCUCAAAGGUGGAGAACAAGUCACUUCUGUCCUCGAAGAAAUGAUCACCCUCUUGGAGGAUAUGAAGAUGGAUGAGGCGUCUGAAGAGGUGGCAGUGGAAAUAGCUGCACAAGGGGUCCUGGGGAAGAGAGUUGAUGAGAUGGAGGCCGGUUUCAUGAUGGCGCUGGACUACAUGAUUCAACUUGCUGACAGUGACCAAGACGAGAAGCGCAAGUCUCUAUUGGAGGUGAUUAAGGACACAGUCUUAUCCUACCUUACAAAAAAAUGCCCCCCACAUGUUCAAGUGAUUGGGCUACUCUGUAGGACUCCUCUGAAAGAAAGUAGACAUGAAUUACUACGCAGAGUGGCUGCUGGUGGUGGUGUAUUUAAAAGUAAAAAUGACGUCAAAGUUCAUGUUCCAGCUGCAAAUCUAAAUGAAAUUGCUAACCAAGCUGAUGAUUUACUGGAGACAAUGGAAACUCGGCCUAUAGUUCCGGAUCGAAAGCUACUUGCAAGACUUGUUUUAAUCAGAGAGGAAGCUCGGAAUAUGAUGGGAGGUGGAAUACUAGAUGAGAGAAAUGAUCGUGGGUUUAAGACUCUUCCUGAAUCAGAGGUGAACUUCUUAACCAAACUGGUAGCUUUGAAACCGGGGAAGACUGUGGAGGAGAUGAUAAAAAGUGUAAUGGAAGGAAAAGACGAAGGUGCAGAACACUCUGGCAGUGAUGAGGAAGAUACCACCAGUAGAAAGGGUUCGAGUGGAAUUGCAGGAAGGGAAAGUGUUACAGGACGAAAAGCGCUUCCUGUGCGCCCUGGCAUGUUUCUUGAGACUGUAUCCAAGGUCUUAGGUGGUAUAUAUGCUGGAAAUGUCUCUGGCAUCACAGCACAACAUCUAGAGUGGAACUCAUUGGCUCAUGAUAAAUUUUGGGACCAAAGAUGCUGUUCUGGACAUCAAUAUGACGGAACUCUGAAUUGUAUCACUUGUCAUAAAUUUAAGCAAGCCGGGGAGAUAGAAUACUUGAACCUUGGUCGUGGUCUAAUGACUUGUUCAAAAUGCUGUUCUAUUGCUAUUAAGAAUUCAAGCCAAUUAUUGAAAAUGUGCAUAACUUUUAUAAAAGUUUAAAUCUGAUGGUUGAUCGAGACAUUCCUAUUUUGUUGGUCGAUGGUAAUGAGAUGUGCAGCUCUAAACAAGGUAAUUAACAUAAUUACUUCAGCGAGCAAUUUCAUAUGAGCUAUGGUUUUCUUAUAUACACUUGAUAUUUAGAUUUCUAAUUUCAAUUUUAUUUAUUUUUGGUUCUAAAUCUAUGUUGCAAGGAAUCUGUGUCGGUUUUACUUGCUAUUGUAUGGAAAGGGUAAGAGUUCAGUCAGAAACUAGUUGUUUUUUUCUUUGGUGCUUAGUAAUUCGACAUUUUUGACGUACAUAUGCAUGUAACUCUUAACCCAAGUGUAAACUUGUGCUAUAUAUGAAUGAAAGUUUUCUUGUUUGGUUUAUAUAUUCAGAAAUUUUUAGAAGAUUUAACCGUGUUGCAAGAUUUAGCAACAUGUCUUUGGGGCAAAUUAAGAAUUUCAGUUUUGUCUGCACGACCCGAGUACGGAUACUUCCCUUUUUUUUUUUUUACUGAUACCUUUUUUUGCAUUAUUAAUUUAUUAUUGUUCAUCAAUUUUUAUUUAUUUAUUCCCCACACCUGCUGGUCCUUCCAUGAUAUUUACUAGAUUUUGACUCGGUCCAUUUGCGUGAAGUGUAGCCAUGGGAGGAACUUUAGCACAUGGGAGGAACUCGGUUCAUCGAUGAUGCAUGCUUGGUUGAAACUUCAAGGUUGUAAGCCGUGGGAAUGGGAAAGGAGUUGAAGAAGGGAUCUGCCAAGUAAUGAAGUCCACCACUUGUAAUGGUUUUGUUCUAGUAGUGAUUUUGAUUCUUGGUACAAAACCAAUGAGCAAGCUCAAUACGCAAGAAAGUUGAAAGAGUAUCAAGUCCAAGUGAUGGAGAGGUGGAAAGAUAAAGUUUAUGGCCAAGGGUUCAGAGAUGCUAUGAAGGCUGUAGAAAUGUUUGGCUUCGAAACCACGCUGCACUAUAUCGUUGAAAAAGGAAAAUUUCCUCGCAGUCAACCACCUCCUGUUCCGAUUCCUAGGACACCUAGGGAUGAAAGAUGGAAGGGGGCUGUAUGCGCUGUAGCUCAUAUAGCUCUUAUUUUUCUUUUAAUGAAGGCUAGAUAGCCACCUCGAUCUCUUAGUUUUAGAGGUGGAUGCUUUGAGGAAAGUGGUUAUCUUUGUUUUUCUUUUGAUCGAUCUCUACAUCUGAUAGGAAUAGUUUCUUAUAGCUCGAUCUGAUGCAUCUGAAAGAACCUAUUUAACAAAGUAGUGCUUCUCCCUUUUUAGAAUGGCUCUAGUGAUUACAGGCAUUAGUACAUUUAAUUAGUGCCAAGAGACAUCCUUAUACCUACUUGUUGUUCAACUACGUACUUAGCUUAAUGAAGUUAUCAUUAUUGUUCCUUGCCAAAUA